AACGAGAUGGAAAGUUUACUUUUGCUGUGCUCUUGUCUGAUCACAUCGUUGAUUUUUAUCGAGGCGGAAGUGGAUAUCAAUGUUGCUACGGCAAACCAGAUUCACCAGAAUCUUAAUAGAUCAACGUCAGCCUGCUCGAAUUUCUGGAAUUUUGCUUGUGGCGGUUUUAGCCGGGCCUCGAAAUAUGUGGACAACUUUGAGUGGGUCGAGGAUCAGUUUGCCAGUGCGAUGGUGGAGUUCAUGGAGAGUCGUGUGGGAGAAAACGACACCCAGGCACCCCGACUAAUCAAACAAAUGCGAUCGUAUUAUAGAGCUUGUACGGAAGACAAAAGAAAAUUAAAUGCGACCCAUCCUCCAGAGGAAUUUAUGGUACGGUCUUCGCAUCCGGGGAAAUUUGUAGAGCGCGGCUUGAAUGGCCUGUUUUUUGAUGAGCGCAUUGGAGUAGCCGCAAAUGACUCCCUGCGACAGGUUAUUCAGAUCAAGAUGCCUGAACCGAGUGCUAGAUACAAUAACCUGCGUGUUUUGCAGCUUUUAAGUUUAAAUAAAUCGAGGUAUAAUAACGGAACCGUCCAAUUAAUAUUGAAAUUGCAGGAACUGCAAGAUAAAUAUCGGGUAGAGAAUCCCAUUGUAUAUACAUGGACUUACAGUGAAAUAAGACAACAAAUCCCCAUUGUUCGAUGGCAAUACAUUUGUAGUGAACUAUUGGGUUUAAACCACACUUCUAAAGAGUUCGAUCGACUGAUUUUCGAGGUCAGUGAUGUGGAGUAUUUGCGGGAAAGUUAUCAGAUCGUGGAGAAUUUCGAUCCCCUCCCCAAAUAUCUAUAUCUUCAAAUGCACCACUUUGCUUUUGUCGAGGAAUAUCAACCCAGAGUGCGAAAUCCCAGGAACUGCGUUCACCACAUGCGAGCUAUUCUACCCCUGGGAAUAAAUUAUAUCUACGAUCGAUUUAUAUACCAAAAUCGGAAAGAGGACACCUUACAACUACAGAGGAUGCUCGUAAAUUUCAAGAAAACUUUUGGGAAAUACUUGAAUGGCAAUCGCCUCCAGCUUACAACCCAUCAAUUGGCCUAUGUGAGAGAUAAACUAGAUGGUAUUCAGUUAAGAGUGGGAAAUUUACCGGAGGAGAAAUCCCCGGAGUUCUAUGACAACCACUAUGAGGUGGCUAAUUUUACAGAGUCAAAUUUCCUGGGAAAUCUCAUUGAGGCUUUGGCCUUACGGUCGCGUCUCCAGCAUGCGGGUCUACUUAAUCCGGAAUCUAGAUUGGAUCUCCAGCGCUACUAUGUCAACGAUAAUGUGAGGAAAGCCCGAACCUCUCCGUUCUAUGAAAACGAAAGGAACACCAUCACCGUGCCCAUGGAAUUUUUGCAAUGGCCACUCUUCGAUCACCGACAGCAUUCCAUCUUCCAGCAGAGUCUUUUGGGAGCAGUUCUGGCCCACGAGAUGAACCACGCCUUCGAGCAGGAUGGCAUACUCUUCGAUGCUGCCGGAAACGAGUCUCCUGUGGGCCUGGAGAUUCGGGAGUCGCCUGCUUUCCAGGAUGCCAUCAAGUGUGCGGAGCGGAAACCUUACGUUUCACUGAAGGAACGCCUAGCUGAUCUCAAUGGUCUGCAACUGGCCUACGACUCCUUCUUUGGACUGGAUCAUGACUCCCGGAAUUUGGAGUACCGUCCGUAUGCCUUCGAGCGCGAGUUCUCCGCCCCACAACUGUUCCACCUGAGCUAUGCCCAGUUCUUCUGCGGAUCCCUGCCUCCAGUCAUCGCCCACGAUCGCGAUGAUGAGCGUGUGAACGUGAGCGUUGAGAACCUGCGUCAAUUUGCGUACGACUUUAAUUGCGAGGCGAAUCACUUGUCCCACUGCGAAAUGUGGCGCCCAUAA